CCGAAGCAUUUCGACCACUUGGGGUGCUGUUGGGUGCUAUACUCGUGAGUUGCGGCUGUACUUUCCCCAGCUGAUACAUCGCUUUAGCAUGUUUCCAGUUUCGUGUCACCCUUCUGAACCUCACCAGCUAGUAGUUAGCUCUGUUAGCAGCUAAUGAGAGCGUCAUCUUUACCACAACAUGCCUCGGAGAAAAAAAGCUGGCCAGAGCCCAGCCAGGCAGACCGGCGGGCGAACGGACGGAGGAAGCUUCGGUCACAACAGUGGUAACCCUCUACGUCAGGGUUAUGAUCCAGUUAUGGCGAGUAACGUCCCACUCAGCGCCGCGGCGCCCAACAGCGCUGUCAUGGAGAGAAUUGUUAAAAGCAUGCAAGAGAUGUUUUCCCACCUGGACCCAGACGUUAUAUACAUCAUACUCUCCGAGUGUGACUUUAAAGUUGAAAAUGCAAUGGACUCCCUCCUCGAGCUGUCUGUGGCUGCUGAAGUUGCAGUCCCAAACCCAACUCCUGUUUCUGGCUUUGAGCGGACUGCUGCAGCCUUGCUUACCCCACGUCACUUUUCUGAACUGAGAUCGGACACACAAACAUCCACAGCCUCACAUCAGCCCACCUCUCCUCCGUCUGCUGACCUGCUGACAGAGGAGCGGAACCUGUUCGUUGAUCAAGAGUUGGAGACACUAACCGCUCAGGAAGAUGUUACGGAGGAGCACCAAAGCAGCGUUUCCUUAUCUGAUGUUGCACCACUUUCUUCCAUCCCUCCACCACCUGUUCCUAAGCAGGCACUUCCAGAGCUGCUUCAGAGCAGCUUAGAAGCUGCAUCUGGAGAGUGCUUUAUUGAGCAGCAGUCAUCAUCUGGAAGCUUGGUGGAGCUUUUGUCUGGAGCUUCCUCUCCACUUGACCAGCUCAGUACCUGGAAUCAAGAUGUUCCUGAAGGACAGGGAGAGGUACUUGAUUUCACUCACCUGGUGACAGAAACUUCUGCAGAGAAGCCAAAACUUUCUUUGGACCUGGCAGCCUCAGGGCGUCCCUCGGCUUUCCAGGUCUAUAAAAAGCAGGACCCAUCCCACAGUCUUUCAGACAGGACUGAGCCCUUGCUCUCUAAUCCAGUAGUCGAUGGAACAAGGUCUAAAAUGAACUUGCAAAACUGCAAUCCACAAGGUUAUAUGGCAUCACCCUGGAACUCGGGGGCACCAGCGUUUUCUCCUUGUAUCCAUGGAAACCAGGGACCGGCCUUUAUCACACCUGUAGCUCAAACACCCUUCAAUUGGUUCAGCCAGUUCAGGCAUGUUUCUCCCUGGCUGAACCAGGCUCCUGUUAGCCAAGCGCCCCUCAAGCCCUCUGCAGUUAUUCCUAAGUCUUGGGCCUUGCCUGCUGCUCCACAGGUUCCUGUCCACUCCACCAGGCUACGCUUGCAAGGGAAGGUGCUUGUGUUGCUUCGUGGUGCUCCAGGAUCUGGCAAGUCGACUUUGGCAAGAGCCGUGUUGGAGCAUAACCCAGAUGGGGUCAUACUGAGCACUGAUGACUAUUUCACCCGCAACGGAAAGUAUGAGUUUGACCCCACGGUGCUUGGCGAGGCCCAUGAGUGGAACCAUAAAAGAGCCAAGGAUGCUUUCAACAGGGGAGCCAAUCCCAUCAUCAUUGAUAACACCAAUCUGCAGGGCUGGGAGAUGAAACCUUAUGUGGCUCAGGCACUGAAACAUGGAUACAAGGUGCUUUUCAAAGAGCCAGAUACUUGGUGGAAGAAUAAGCCCAGAGAACUGGAGAGACGUAGCAGACACAAUGUGCCGGUGGAAACGAUACGCCGCAUGCUGAAUGGGUAUGAGCGCUUUGUCACAGUCCAGUCCAUCAUGGGUUCACACAUGCCUGAGUUUAAGCAACAGCUUCUUCUGGAGAACAAAAGCUCACAUAGACCAAUGUCUUCUGAAACACCAGGUCCUGACCUUGUGUGUCAGCCAGGAUUGACUGAGGGAUGUAAAAAAUCCCAUCCUCAACUCUCCUCCUCCCUCCCUGAUGUGUCAUCUUUCGGUUGCUCUGGAGAGGUUGCUGUGCAAGAAGACAAUGCCCACAAAUUCACUGAGCUGCUCGAUCUCCGACUCACGGAAAGCCAUACUAGCAACCCAGAUAUUUCUGAUUUAGAUGAAGAUAUUGAUUUGGGUGAACUGGAUUCUGAGCUGGAAAUUCAGUUGGAGUUAAACCACCAAAUGGAAGACCAGAGAAUCCCAGACUGUGUUGUGGAAUCUGUGAUAAAUGAAGAUCGAUCUGGGGAGGAAAUCCAUGUGGAUUAUUCUGAGUCUAUUAGACAAAGAGUGAGGAGGGAAAGACCAAGCAGGAGGUCUGGGUUUGAAAAAUUGGAGCCUGCAGGUCUGGUAACAGACUCUGAUCAGCCAGAUAAAGAAAAGCCAAACAAUGAAGAUGUAGAAGUGGUUGAGACGGUGAGGUGCAGGGAGGAGGAGAAGGAGGAGGCUUUUAAGAUGUUAAAUUUUGUGGGCGAUUGGCCUUCUGAAGGGUCUCUAAAGCAGCGCCAGGCGAGGAAAAGAGAACAGCCAAGAGAAACGGAGGGAAGAGCCGAUGAUGAAGAAAAAACAAAGUGUGUGGCGUCGGGUCCUGAACGAAAUGAGUUUCAGAAGCUUCUUGAUCUUAUUCAGACAGGUGUGGCGUCAGUUCAGACCUGCUCUUCUGGCUCACACCCAGUUUCUCCAAGCUCGGGAGAAGAAUUUGAGAGAGAGCAUGAGGCAGGUAGCAUGUUUGAGGAAUCAAACAGUGAAGAAAAACAGUCGAACGGUGUUAACAACAGCAAAGGUGAAUUACCCGACUGCGUAUUAAACUGGAAGGCAGUAGACUCUUGUAUCGUCAGGGAGCUAAAAGCUGAUGGUUUGGAGGAAAUUAAAAAACAAAAUGACGAAAGCGGUACCAUUGAAAGAGAUGUUGCUGUGUCAGCAUUUGGACAAAAAACUUUAUCUGAAGAUUUGCAAUCUUCCAAUGUAACCAGUGAUACAGGUGAAAGCCUCGAUAACAAAGACAAAGUUAGUACAGAUGUGGAUUACGGCCCAGAAAAUGGCAGCGAGUCUGGGGCUGGGACUGAUGGGAGGGUCAGUAAUGAAACAUGUCAGAGUCCAGCAUGUGAGAUCUUGGUGGAAACAGAAAGUGGUGGAAGCAGUCAGGAAAGGAAGCACCAUCAGGGUCGGAGAUCAGGGAAGCUGUGCAAGCUGGCUCUCACCUUCACUCAAAACUGCCUUUCUUCUUCAUCCAAUGAUCUGGACUGUCCAAAUUCCACAGCUGAAAGCAGUGACAUUACUGAAAGCAGUGUUAACGCAGAUGUCACACCUGUCUUUAAUCCCAAUUGUGACACUAAUUUAGACCUUAAACCAGACUUGGACCUGUCUACAGAGUCCAGUUCUGAAGCACACCUGCAGCCCACUCCUGUUGCUCUGGUGGAAACAGGCUGCUUCACUCAGACAGAACCUCAAGACUUCGCCUUUAUUUGGCGUCUCAACCAUCAGGACAGCUCAGAUGAUGCAAACGUCUCCAGUGACAUCAAAGUGUUGUAUGGGGAGUCCUCUCGGUUUGUGCCAGAGCCCUCCUCUGCAGUUUCUGCUGCAGUCGCUGUUGACCUUUCUGGUCAUUCAGAUGUAUCUUACUAUGUGGUGCAUGAAAAAGGCACACAGGUGGAGGAGAAAGAGCUUGUAGUAACUGAAGACCGAGUCAAGAGCCUUCGCAUUCUCAGCUGUCAUUUUAAGCUAGUUAGCUUUGAUACGUUAGAGGAUCUGUAUGACAAGUGCCAUCAGGACUUAGAAUGGACCACCAAUCUGCUACUGGAUUCUGGAGAGAGGUUCUUUAGAGAUGAAGAUGUUGAGGAGUACGGUGCAGCAGAUGUAGACAAUACAUUUGGUCUAUGUGGAGAAUUACAUGAGGCUGCAGAAAGCAGCAAAAUUCCUGAUGCAUUACAUGAACAUCAGCAUGUAGGAGAGCAAAGUGGGACUGAGACGGGAGCCCAGAGGUCAAACUGUGGGGCAGGUAAUGAGUCAAAAGAGGGUGCCAACUACACAGAUGGACCAAGUUUUAAUGUCGCUUCUGUUCCACCUACAAACAAGGCCCAGUCAGAUGCAACUCCAGCUGCAGGAAAAUCUCCUCUAACAGAAGUUUGUCUGCCUAAAGAAGUGAAAUUAGAGCAAAGUGACAACAAUGACCACAGAGGUAUAUCCGAGCCAGGGCUGGGAGGCGGAGCUUGGAGUGGGAGCCUUUAUGAUGAAGUAAUAAUUGAAGACUCGAGGUUUGAGUUUGAGGACGACGUGGCCAGCAUGGAUGAGAUCAAUCGGCUGCUGCAGGCUGAACUGGAGGAGAUGGAGAGAGAGGAAAAGAAGAGGAAAGAGAAGAGUAAAAGUCAACACCUUGAUAUUCAAACCGUGGAGCUGAAGCUACCCACCGAGCUGGCUCUGCAGUUAGCCGAGCUGUUCGGUCCUGUUGGAAUAGACCCAGGUACAUGCUCCACUGAUGACUUCGCUGUGCAGAUGGACCUGAAUCUGGCUAAACUGCUUCACCAGCAGUGGAAGGAAACAAUCCAGGAAAGGCAAAGACAAGCAGCUCUUUCUUUUCACCUGCUCCAGGAAGGUUCAACUCAGCAGGAUGAGUCACAGGUGGCCAAAUACAACCAACAAGACAGGAUGCAACCUGCAAACCUUUUGACUAGUAAAGAUGGUAACAUGCCACUGGCAGAGGCCUCUGGUUCGAUGCCGCUCAUGGACCACUGGAAUGUGUCCCGUCCACAUGUCUCUCUCAGGGACAUUAUUAAAGAAGAACAAGCCUUGCAGGACAAAGUACAGAAAAGCAGACAAAGUCGAGUUGACCUGGACCGGUGGGAUGGAGCCACGUUGUUGAAGGAGAAGCAGCUGUUCUCCCUCUUUCCCACCAUCGACAGACAUUUUCUCCAGGACAUUUUCAGAGACCACAAUUAUAGCUUGACCCAGACGGAGUUGUUUCUUCGCUCUCUCCUGGUCGAGGAACCUGUGAAGACAGUCGUUGCUCCAGAGGCUCCUCGGACUGACCACCACAGAACAUCCAGCAAGGAAAGAGAAAAGAGGCAGAAGUCUCUGGAACCAACUGUACCCAACUAUCAGGAUACAGAGGACCCAGAGUAUGAGGACUUCAGGGCAGAGGCCAGCCUUCAGAGGAGGCGACAGCUCGAGAGUUUUGCAAAAGCUGCAGAAGCCUACAAACAAGGACGGAAAGAAGUGGCCUCAUUUUAUGCACAGCAGGGACACCUGCAUGGCCAGCGGAUGCGUGAAGCCAAUCACCGUGCAGCAGUUCAGAUUUUUAACAGAGUCAACUCCUCGCUGCUGCCCAGAAACAUCCUGGACCUCCACGGGUUGCAUGUAGACGAGGCCCUGGAGCAUCUGGCACAGGUCUUACAAGACAAAACUGCAGAUUGUGAACAGGGUCUCUGUCAACCUCAGCUCUCUGUCAUCACAGGAAGAGGGAACCACAGUCAGGGGGGAGUGGCCCGCAUCCGCCCUGCUGUUAUAGACUACCUCACCAACAAACACUAUAGGUUUACAGAGCCAAAGCCGGGUCUCGUGUUGGUCUCCUUGAGGUGAAAAGACCCCGUUUUCGUUGCUAUAGAGGACAGCUCUCUUUAUUUCUUACUUGUCACUUCUUCAGUACAAGUUUACCAGCACAUACAGUGUGUUAAAGUGUAAUCAGACAGUUAAGGUACUCUUUAAUUCUCUUCAAAUCUCCACGUCAUACAAAAUACCAGAAACUGAAUAACUUCUCACAGUGGCACUACUUUUAAUCUUUGUCCAGUUUAAAUGACUUUUUCUUUCCAUGGAAAAUGACUACAUUGUUAUGAAACACAGAUCAUUUAUUUUUAUGCAUCUAAUAAGCUUUAUCAAUGCAUUUAUAUUUUAUCUUAAAAGUUUUAUAGCGUGGAUUUUUCCUUUAUGUGUUUUAGAGUGAAAGGAGCCUGUGUUCAGCGGCUGUGUGUGAAUACUAACUAAUUUGGAGUUAGGAUUAAGAUGUAAUGUACAUGGUUUUAUCUAACUUUAAUUGAAUGAUGAUCACAUGCUGCCUGCUUGGAAGUUACUCUGCAACCAGAAUUUUAAAGUAUUUUUGACAGCCGAAGGAUCACAUAUAUGUCUGUGUUAUAAGGCAAACCUGCUGUAUAGAAAAUGCUUCUCUCUUCAUUUUAGUGCUACAGUUUCCCUAUUGUAUUCACAAAUGAUCAAAAAGCUGUCGAAUAAGUUGAAAAACCUCAUUAAAACAAGCUUUGCUGUGACUUCUGCAGCAAUCGCUCUGCUUUGACUUAGCACAUACCUUUGUAGCAUAACACUUUUAUAAAAAAUUUUAUUUUUUCUGUGGGAGAGAGAGAAAGGUCAUACAAAGUUUAGCUGCUAAUAUAAUAAUAUUCAAACUCAGGUGACAGCUAAUAUUAAGUGUUCUUGACUUUUUUAAAGGCCAGUUGGUUAUUUCUAGCCCAUUCCUGGUUGCUUUUAAAAAAAAAAACACUGCUAAAUUAUGUAGCAGUUGUCUUCCAAAGGCAGCUACAUUAGUUUUAUAGAUUUAAAUGGAUUCAGUUUUCUAUCUGUGUAAUACUUGUUCGGUGCACUAACGUGGGGAACUCUUUAUAUUGGAAGAAAUUAUUGUAUUUUUACAGGUUGUAAUAUUGUGAAAUAAAAUUUGUUUAC